AUGUUGCUUUUAACAAUAACAGUGUAUUCUGUUAAUUACAGAAAGCUCUUUGUGGGUGGCCUAGACUGGAACACCACACAAGAAACACUGCGCAAUUACUUUACCCAGUAUGGAGAAGUUGUAGACUGUGUAAUAAUGAAAGAUAAAACAACAAACCACUCUCGAGGUUUUGGCUUUGUUAAAUUUAAAGAUCCUAACUCUGUGGUGACAGUACUGGCCAAUAGACCUCAUACAUUGGAUGGUCGAAAUAUCGAUCCCAAACCAUGUACACCUCGAGGAACUCAGGCAGAGAAAACUCGUCCGAAGGAAGGUUGGAAAGGACCCAGAAGUGACAGCAAAUCAAAAAAAAUUUUUGUUUGUGGGAUUCCUCACAACUGUGGCGAGAGACUCAGGGAAUACUUCAAGAAAUUUGGAGUGAUUACUGAAGUGGUAAUGAUCUAUGAUGCGGGAAAGCAAAGGCCUCGAGGUUUUGGAUUUAUUACCUACGAGGACGAGCAAUCAGUGGACCAGGCUGUGGACAUGCAUUUUCACGACAUCAUGGGCAAAAAAGUUGAGGCCAAACGGGCAGAACCUCGAGAGAGCAAAAGCCGUGGCCCAGGAUAUGCAGGCUUCAGCCAGUGGGGAAGCAGGAUAAUGCCCAAUGCUGCCAAUGGAUGGACAGGUCAACCCCUCCCCAGCUGGCAUCAGGGUUAUGUCCCUCAAGUUUCAGGAAUGUGGGUGCCAGCAGGACAGGCGAUUGGUGGCUAUGGACCACCUCCUCUCGGAAGAGGAGCCCCACCUCCUCCUCCAGCUUUUGCUUCAUACAUAGUGUCUACACCACCUGGUGGAUUUCCUCCUACCCAGGGAUUCCCUCAGGGAUAUAGCAACCCUCCUCAUUUUAGUUAUGGCUAUGGACCUCCACCACCUCCACCAGAUCAGUUUGGCCCUCCUGGAGUGCCUCCUCCACCUGCAACUCCUGGCAUAACAGCACUUGCUUUUCCAUCC